AUGUCCGGCGAGACGGAGAUCGAAGUGUCGGUUGUGUCGGAAGAGGACCUGGAGCUGGAGGGCUCCAGAAGUAGCUCCACCCCGGCAGAGUUGCUGUUACAAGAGAAGAACGGCAAGUCUGGCUGCGGCCUAAGCAAUCAUCACCACUCGUUUAGCUUCGACACAGUGAGCAAGCCGGCGCUUAGGCCUGCCUGCAAUCCGCAGUACACGUCCUUCAGUAUCUCCAGCAUUCUCGGCAGACCGGAAUCGCCGCCUGUCGAUUCGACGACUUCUACAGGAUCCGGCGAGAGGCAGUCGUCGGACGUCGAUCGAACGUCGCCGCUACCACCCGCGAAUUCGCAAAACUCGCAAAGGAUCCCGCCGUCGUGCGGCAGCCCCGGAAGAAUCUCAUCCUCGCCCACAUCCCUGAGACUGUCCGGCGGUCAACGCGGCGGACUGUCCACAACCGGUCACACCGGACUGGAGCCCAGAGCGAAUUCCGCGGGUAUCGGUAUCGGAUGUGCUACCAGUGCUACCAGUCCAGCCGCGACCUUCUCGCCGCCCGGCGAUGCCUCUACUAAUCCACUGCUAGGACACCAGGCGUCGGCGGACCUCGCGAUGCUAUCAAGAUUGAUAGCGAGUCGAUACCCGGUCGGCAUCGGCGGUCUAUUCUAUCCGUCGACGCUGCAGCAUCUCCAUCAGCAGCAACAGCAGCAGCAUCAGCAUCAUUCGCGGCUGGCCGCCGCGGCCUCGUCCGCCCUCAGCAACGCCGGCCAAUCACCGGACAUCGUCGAUGCCGACGGCAUCCGCGGCGUUCUACUCGGCGGCGCCGGCUGGCCGUUUCCAUGGAGGCCGACGCACGGCCUGCAGACGCUCGAGCAUCCCUCGCCAAGCGACGUGGUCGGCACCCUCAGCCGUGUCAGUCCCGCGUCUGCAUCUUUUCCGCAGCGAGACGAACUCGACGACGACAAUGCCGAUGAUCGUCUGCAUCGCGCGAGGAGUCCGUCAAGCGGCGACGAGGCGCAUGACGACCUCGGUGAAGCUGACGACUGUGCGGAUGGCGACGGCGAAGGCGAGUCCACGUCGACGAGUCUUCACGGUACUUCCGCGGUAGGCGGUGGUGGUAGUGGCGGCGGAGGUGGUGGUGGCAAUGGCAACAGUAACGGCCAGAAUAACGUGCAGAUCGGCGACGGUCGCGAGUCUAACAGUAUAAAGCGCAAAAAGAAGACGAGAACGGUGUUCUCCAGGUCGCAAGUGUUCCAGUUGGAGAGCACGUUUGACAUGAAGCGCUACCUCUCAUCGUCGGAGCGCGCCGGUCUCGCCGCCUCGCUCAGACUCACGGAGACCCAAGUGAAGAUUUGGUUCCAAAACCGGCGGAACAAGUGGAAGCGGCAGCUGGCCGCCGAGCUGGAGGCGGCGAACAUGGCGCACGCCACCCAGAGGCUAGUCAGGGUGCCGAUCUUGUACCACGAGGCGUCAGCCGGCACCGGCGCUUCCGCCGGCGUGUCCGUGUCGGUGUCAGCGCCGGGACCGCCAGGACCCCCGUCCUCGGUAGGCGCGACCUCCGCCCUGUCGCAUUCGGUCGGCGUCGGCGUGGGCGUCGGCGUUGGCGUCGGUGUCGGCGUCGGCACCUCGUGCGCGCCCACCACGGCGCAACCCAUCUUCUACUCCCAUCACCAUCAACAUCACCAUCACCACCCGGCGGCGGCCCACGUGCAGGCGCACAGUCUCCUGUCCCACCAGGUGCACCCGCAACCGCCGCCCCCACCUCCGCCGCCGCCCAACGGCCAACCACCGCGGACGUCCUCGCAAUAA